CCCGGCCGGGCGCGGCGCGGCGGGGCGGGCUCUGGGCGCGGGGCGGGCGGCCCAUGGCGGCUGCGGCUGGCGGCGGUGUCGGGCCACCAUGACCGACUACAGCGAGGAGCAGCGGAACGAGCUGGAGGCCCUGGAGUCCAUCUACCCGGACUCCUUCACGGUAUUGUCAGAAAAACCAGCAACUUUCACAAUCACUGUGACGUCUGAAGCAGGAGAAAAUGAUGAAACUGUGCAAACAACCCUGAAAUUUACCUAUAGAGAAAAAUAUCCUGAUGAAGCUCCACUUCAUGAAGUUGUCUCACAAGAGAAUCUUGAUGAUAGUGAUGUCACAGACAUAAUAAAACUUCUAGAACAACAGGCAGAAGAAAAUUUAGGAAUGGUUAUGAUCUUCACUCUAGUCUCAGCAGUACAGGAGAAAUUAAAUGAAAUAGUGGAUCAAAUAAAAACACGGAGAGAAGAGGAAAAGAAACAGAAAGAAAAAGAAGCAGAAGAAGAAGAGAAACAACGUUUUCAUGGCACUCCUGUCACAAUUGAGAAUUUCCUAAACUGGAAAGCGAAGUUUGAUGCAGAACUCCUAGAAAUAAAAAGGAAAAAAAUGAAAGAAGAAGAACAAGCAGGCAAAAAUAAAUUGAGCGGUAAACAGCUGUUUGAAAUGGAUCACAACCUUGACACCUCUGACAUCCAGUUCUUGGAGGAAGCUGGAAACAGCGUGGAGGUUGAUGAAUCUUUAUUCCAAGAAAUGGAUGAUUUAGAGUUGGAGGAUGAAGAGGAUGACCCUGACUACAACCCUGUUAAUUUAGAUAGUGAUUAGGCUUUUUUUUGAAUUGGCUCUGUCAUCAGUAUGGACAUUUGUAAGGAGAAAGGGGCAGGCAGGAAAGCCACAGCAUCUGUGGUUUUAGUGAUGUGCAUCAGUUUUCUUUUUUCUUUAUUUUUCCAAAGAAAAAACCUUAAAUAUUUUAAAUCCAGGAGAAUUGUCUUCUGAUGACUUUCAUUAUAAAUAAAUUUAAUAUUUCAAAUGAAAAAUGUGAGGAAUAUUGAUCUGUCUGAAAACGCCAUUCUAUUUUCUCUUAUUUUUGCCUUCUUCUUUCUGUACUUGUUCUUUGAAGACAUGUGUCAACCAGCAAGAUGGGAAGAUGUUAUAGGAAGUGCUAAAUACACCUGCAUCUGAAGGCUGAGCAGCUGUUCUGCUAUCUUCCACGUUGGAUAUAUACGAGCAGCUUUGAUGAAUAAAAGGGAUCACAUACUA